CCUCUCUCUCUACCUCCCUCCCUCCCCGCGCACAGCCUCGCCUCGCGUCGUCCCACCCGGGCUCGGACAUGGGCGGCCUAUCGGUGAUCGCGCCUCCCGCGGGCGACAUGGCGUCCGCCCCGCACCGCCGCGCGCGCCGGGCGUUCCUCGUCUCCAACUACCUCAUCCUCGGCGCCGCGUCGGGCUGCGGCUUCCUCACGCUCUCACUCCGCCUGGUGCCCUCCGUCGACGGCUUCCUCCUCAUCCUCCUCCACGCGCUCACUGUCGCCGCCGCCGUGGCCGGGUGCGCCGUCAUCGCGGCGCCGGAGGCCCCGCGCGGCCGCUGCUACACGUACCACAUGGCCGCUACCGUCGUGGUCUCCAUCCUCCAGGGCGCCGCCGCGGUGCUCGCGUUCUCGCGCACCUCCGAGUUCCUCGCCGACGGGCUCAAGUCGUACGUCCACGAGGAGGACGGCGCCGUCAUCCUCCGCAUGGUCGGCGGGCUCGGCGUCGCCAUCUUCUGCCUCGAGUGGGUGGCGCUCGCGCUCGCCUUCGUGCUGCGGUACUACGCCUACGUCGACAGGGAGUGCGGCGGCAACCCGCUGCGGCGCAGCGCCAAGGUCGGCGGCGAGGACGGCGCCGGCACCUGGCCCUGGCCGUUCCAGGUGUGAUCCACCGCACCGAGAUGAUGUUUCGUUUAGCUGCGAAAUGAAUGAAUGGUUGUCGACGGAAGCAAGAACUGAACUGUGAGUUCUUGGAAGAAAAAUCAGUGUUCUACUGAGAGAAUUAUAUGUCGAGAUGGGAUGUGACAUUAUUAUUUCUUUAUUGGUUUGUGGUGUGCUCUGUAAUACAACAUGGUUAUGUUGUAAUGCGCCUUAAUAUUAUGUGAAAUUACAUUUCAGAUUUUCAGUCAA